AUGUUGAGCUCCAGCUCGGCAGAAGCAGGUCCUUCGCGGACGAAACCGUCGAGAUCCCUUUAUGCGGAAAGCACGCAGGUCAAGCUAGGGAGCACAGAUGUGGCAGACGGUGGCGGUGACGCUGACGGCACAGGUAUCUCGCACGCUCCUGCGCCAACUCCUGCCGUCCCAAGCGUCACGCCGUCUUUUUUCCCGACGCCAGCUCUCGACCAUGCCUUUGGCGGCAUCGCAGCAGGAGCAGUCGCUACGAUCUGCAUGAACCCGCUCGACCUCAUUAAGACCAAGUAUCAAGUUGACACUUCUCGCCCUCGACCACUUCCAUUUCGUCAACGCAAUUCUGCGCCGAUAAACACGCAAGUAGUGUCCCAUGCAUCCAACUGCAGCACCUCCUCGUUGGACCGCAAGGGCAAAGGACGCGCCAUCGAUAUUGCGGCUGGUUACGGCGUCUCUCGACAGGCUGCACCCGUUCGUCGCGGAUGGAAGUACUAUGCUCUUGGUGGAAGAAUGGGCAAUGAUGUGAUCGGUGCGCUCAACGAGAUCGUUAAAGCCGACGGAUGGAAAGGUCUCUAUCGCGGCUUGAGUCCCAAUGUGGCCGGCAACUCGGCCUCAUGGGGACUGUACUUUUUGUGGUAUACGAUGAUCAAGGAACGCAUGUCUGCCAGCAACUCUUCCCUAGAUGCGGCUACUGGCGAACCGAAGAAACUCUCCGCAGCACAGCAUCUUCUGGCAGCUUCAGAAAGUGGUGCAAUCACAGCACUCAUGACUAAUCCAAUUUGGGUGGUGAAAACGCGCAUGUUUACCACUCCUCGAUCUUUGGCGCCCAACACGGCAUCGACUGCAGCAACGGCAACGACCCGAGCGCCACCCGAGGUGUACCGUGGCCUUUGGCACGGUUUAAUCUCAAUCUAUCGUACCGAAGGAAUACGAGGAUGGUACAAGGGUGCCGGCCUAGCUCUGUUCGGCGUCUCGAACGGCGCAAUCCAAUUCAUGGCCUAUGAAGAGCUCAAAAAGUGGCGCACUUCGAUAGCUGCACGGAAGCUGCAAUCUGACACUUUGUCAACACCGGUCGACACCUCGAUGAUCAAGCUUUCUAACGCCGAGUACAUUGUGAUGUCAGGUGUAUCGAAAGUAGCGGCAAUCCUGCUCACCUAUCCAUACCAAGUGAUUAGGUCGAGGAUUCAAAAUCAUGCCACUUCACACAUCUACCCGAACAUCAGCACUUGCAUCCGUCUCACAUAUACCCAGGAAGGACUUCGAGCGUUCUACAAGGGAUUGGUGCCGAACCUAGUCAGAAUCCUUCCUGGCACGUGCGUCACGUUUGUUGUGUACGAGAACGUAUCGUGGGUAUUGAAAGGCUUGGCAAGGCGAAAGAUGCAGAAGCAGCAGCAGCAGCAGCAGCAAGCGACAGAGACAAGUAGCCUUGCCUAG